ACUCGAACAACAUCGAAGUUCUUCCUUUUUGGUCAGGCAACUUUGUUGUGAACUAGCAGGUUGAAAGCUUCUUCAACAAAAAAUGCCGUCUGUAACUCUCAAAGAUGUUGAUCAGCACAAAUUCGUCAAGGCGUUCUCUGCCUUCUUGAAGAAGACUGGCAAAAUGCGCGUCCCAGAAUGGAUUGACAUCGUCAAGUCUGGCAAGUUCAAGGAACUUGCUCCCUAUGAUCCAGACUGGUACUACGUCAGGUGUGCUGCCCUGGCUAGGCAUAUUUACAUCCGCUCGCCCAUUGGUGUUGGAGCAGUCACCAAAAUCUUUGGUGGUCGAAAAAGGAACGGCACCCACCCAAGUCAUUUUUGUAAAUCCUCCAAGGGUGUUGCUCGUAGAGCGCUUCAGAGCUUGGAGCAGCUUAAACUGAUCGAGAAGACACCCAAUGGUGGUCGCCAACUGACAAGCCAGGGACGCAGGGAUCUUGAUCGUAUUGCAGCACAGAUCAAAUCUAAGAGCAAAAAACAAGUCAAACUUGAAACCAUUAUCACUUCAUAAACUGUACAAUUUUUAUUAAUUAAAAAAGUUUAAAAAAUU